CCCUGGUGCUGCGCCCCGCGUCCCGCUCCGGCCCGCUAUGGCUCCCACCCGUGCCCAGCCCGCGCUGCCUCUGCUUCUCCUGGCCCUGACCGCCGUUCUGCUGCCAGGGCCUGGAGGUGCCAGAACAUCUGUACAUCCUCCAGAAGCCAUCCUGCCCCGAGGGGGCUCCAUCCAGGUAAACUGCAGUGCAUCCUGUGCCACGCCCCUCAUGCUGGGUCUGGAGACUCAGUUGCCCAAAGUGGAGGUGGACAGUGGAGACAACUGGAAGCUGUUUGAACUGAGUGACAUACAAGAAGACAGCAGUCCGAUAUGUUUCUCAGACUGUGGCCAUGACCAGGAGACAGCUUUGGCCACCAUCACCGUGUACUGGUUCCCUGAGGUCCAGCUGGCCCCCCUGCCCCCUUGGCAUCCCGUGGGUGACAACCUCACCCUGCGCUGUCUGGUGACAGGCGGGGCACCUCGGGCCCGGCUCUCCGCGGUGCUGCUCCGCGGGGAGGAGGAGCUGAGCCCGCGGCGGCCCGUGGUGGGGGAGCCGGCCGAGGUCACAGCCACGCUGCUGGCGGGCAGAGGUGACCAUGGCGCCAAUUUCUCCUGCCGCACGGAACUGGACCUGCGGCCGCAAGGGCUGGGAUUGUUCCAGAACACGUCGGCCCCCAGGCAGCUUCGAACCUUCGUCCUGCCCGUGACUCGCCCACAACUUGUCGCGCCCGAGCGCCUGGAGGUGGGCACCCUGGAGCCUGUGGACUGCUCCCUGGAUGGGCUGUUUCCCUCUUUGGAGGCCCAGGUGCACCUGGAGCUGGGGGAGCAGAGGCUGAACUCCAUCACUACAUACCACGAGGACUCCGUGUCAGCCAAGGCCACCAUCCAGGUGACCGCGGAGCAGGAGGGCAUCCAGCUGCUGCGCUGUGUGGUCAGACUGGCGAACCAGACCCGGGCGACGCACAGCACUGUGACCGUCUACGACUUCCCAGGUCCCAAUUUGACUCUGAGUGAGCCGGAGGUCUCGGAAGGGAACCUGGUGACAGUGUCUUGUGAAGCCCAUGCUGGAGCUGUGGUGACACUUAGCGAUGCCCAACCUGGGCCACCAUCUUCGCAAGUCAAAUUCCUGAUAAACGCCAGCGCGGAGGAUGAUGGGCGACUCUUCUCUUGCUCUGCUGCCUUGGAGGUGGCAAGGAAGGUGUUGUACAAGAACCGGACCCUGGAGCUCCGUGUCCUUUAUGGCCCCCGGCUGGACGAGAGGGAUUGUUUGGGGAACUGGACGUGGCAAGAGGGAUCCCAGAAGACUCUGAGAUGCCAAGCUUGGGGAAAUCCAGCCCCCCUGCUGAGCUGUACCCGGAAAACAGAUGGGGCUCUGCUACCCAUCGGGGUUGUGAGCUUUGUCAAACGGGAACUUGAUGGCACCUACCUGUGUCGCGCAGUGAGCUCCCGUGGGGAGGUCACCCGGGAAGUGUUCCUUAAAGUGCUAUGGGACAACCAAAAUAACUUGGUCAUCAUUAUUGUGGUGAUAAUCGCAGCCCUAGUGAGCACCCUGGUCUUGGCUGCCUACCUCUAUAAUCGCCAGCGGAAGAUCAAGAAAUACAAGAUACAGAAGGCUCUGGAAGGGGCCACCAUGAAGCUGAACACACAAGCCACGCCCCCCUGA